AGUGCAUUCUUGUGAGCUGGCGUAGCAUGGUGACAAAGAGACUGAACUACCAAGUAGAUCUCUGAAUAUGAAAACACAGCUAGAGGAAAACUGCACCAUGGUGACAGAGUUUGUUCUCUUUGGUUUCUCUGUAAAUCCAGAGCAGCAUUUUCCUCUCUUUGGAGUGUUCCUUGUGGUCUACAUCAUUACCCUGAUGGGGAAUCUGGGCCUGAUUCUGUUAAUACAGCUCAGCACCCGGCUUCACACACCCAUGUAUUUCUUCCUCUGCAACUUGUCUGUUGUUGAUAUCUGUUACUCAUCAGCCAUCACCCCAAAGAUGCUCGUGGGCCUUCUAGCAGAUGACAAAUCCCUCUCCUUCAAUGAGUGUUUUGCUCAGCUCUACUUUUUUGUUGCUUGGGUGUGCACAGAGUGUUUCCUGCUGGCCACAAUAGCAUAUGACCGUUACAUGGCCAUCUGUAACCCACUGCUGUAUUCAGCUAUCAUGUCCCCAAAACUUUGUGUCCUCUUGAUUGCUGGCUCAUGUUUCAUUGGUUUCACAAAUGCAAUGAUUACAGUGUGUUUUUUAAGUAGGUUGCGUUACUGUGGUUCUAAUGUCAUCAACAUUUUUUUUUGUGACACGCCUCCCCUUUUAGCCUUAAGUUCUGAUAGACGCGUCACAGAAACGAUCAUUUCCUUCCUAGCAGGAGUCACCACAGUCGGGUCCCUAAGCAUCAUUCUCUUCUCCUACCUAUUUAUUUUGUUGGCCAUCCUCAAGAUCCGUUAUGCUCAAGGCAGGUACAAGGCCUUCUCCACAUGUACUUCUCACCUUACCGCUGUUACCAUCUUUUAUGGGACUCUGAUAUUUACAUAUUUGCGCCCCAACACAAGCUACUCCUUGGGCCAGGAUCAAGUAGCAUCUCUAUUCUACACAGUGGUGGUCCCAAUGAUGAAUCCUGUGAUCUAUAGCCUGAGGAACAAGGAAGUGAAGGAAGCUCUCAGGCAAUCCAUGAAAAUGAAAUUAUCUUUGUCAUAAUUUACAUAAGAAUACGUAGCAGACACUGAACAGGACAAUUAUGAAGCAAAAAUGAAAUGACAUGAACUAGUGUGCAUCAUGUAUGUCAUUCAAAGUGCAUAAAAAGAUAUUGCAUAUCUGAUU